AAACUACAUAAAGGCAGAGAAGUUUGAAGUCUCAUCAUGAGAAGGUGCUUUCAAGUAGGGUACUGCUGUUGUCUAUUCCAUUUGGAUUAUUAUUACUGUCAAGCAACUGCACUGCUGUCACCUGGGAUCCAUAGCCCUUCUGUGUUCCUAAUUGUCUGUGUGAAUUGGAGGGCAGCGAGAGAAGAUGCAUCUGUUCCUCGAGGUACUGUGUAUCUCUAUGCUCACACGGUGUUGCCUGAGUAGCACGGGUGAGAGAGGUUGUCAACAAUGGACAACCUCUGCUCCUUCUGAUGUCUGCUGUGAAAGGUGCAAUCCAGGGAACCGUCUGGUGACACGCUGUGGACCAGACCCAGAAAAGCUCUGCGUUCCAUGUAGGAAUGAGACCUACACAACUGAUGGUACAUCACACACCUGUCUCAGGUGUACUCAGUGUGUAGGUGGCGCCCAAUUCCUUAAGAAGGCCUGUACAAAAAGCAAGGACACAGAAUGUGACUGUAGGGCAGGAUUCCGAUGUGGUGAUGACCACUGCUCCUUCUGUGUUGAGGAGUGUGGGAAGGGCCAGGAACCUCUUCCCGCUGCACGGUCCUGCCGGAAUUGUCCAGAUGGGACCUUCAAUGACAAAAUCCAUGAGAAGUGCAAGUCUUGGAGAACAAGCUGUCUGCAUCCCAAUGAACACAUUGUUGCAGUGGGAGAUGCCGUUAGUGACAGCAAGUGCGGCAUUGCCAACAUUGAAACGCCCGAAGUCAACACCUUACCUUCAACACAGGCGGACCCUGAGGACUCUUUCUUUGAUGGCACAGGGCUGGUUUGGGCUAUAAGUGCCUCAUUUGGGGUCUUUAUCAUCCUUAUCAUCUUGUUUCUGGUCAUCAUCAUCACCAAAAAGAAGCCAGAGAAGACAGCCCCCAAGGAGCCAACCCUUAAUGAGCCAAUUCCCCCUACAGAUGAACCCAGGAGCCUGGUGGUGACCAGUUUCCACCACCCUCAGCAGGAGCAGGGCAGCAGCUCUGAAAUCCUGUGCUCCCAGGACUUUGAGACCAAGCUCCUGCCUGUGUGAGUGGCAGUGGACUUACUUUCUCGUGUACUUAUUUCUACUUCAUGUGUUUUUGUUCCACUUUACUUUAAUUUAUUUUUUUAAGAGUAUUACUGAUAUUUAUUGUUGAGAAAGGCAUAUCACUGUACUUGUGCACGUGACAAUUAACUUGGAACAGGGUCAUACUGGGUCUGACCUAUUGAUCACUACUUCACACUGGCACUCUGAUGCCUACACAUUGCUAGCCUCAAGCCCGGGCUGACACUGAUACAGUUGGACUCCAGCUCUGCUGGACCAUGGUACUGAGUGGCUGGGAUUAAGACAUUGAGGCUUAGAUCACUUUUUGAAUUUGUGAUGUCUUAUUCUGUGAUAUUUUUAAUACCUCAGUCAUUUUCUUAUCUCACAGGCACAUUCAAAGGUAAACUAGUCACUAUGUUAAUAAAAUCAUGUACAAGUCAACUAGUUAGUAAACUGAUAUUCAAAUGUCAGUAGUGAUGGGGAAGUUUAGGGGGAAAACAUUGUCACUAUAUGACAUGUAUUAGCAAUUGGCUGCAGCUGGACUAGUUCAACUAUUUACAUUUUCUGGUUUCAUAAAGGACAUUUGCCAUCAGUUUAUGGCCUGAAUAUGAAAUACUACUCUUGAAAUGUGUAUGAAGGUAGUAUCAAAGCCAUGACCUGUCUUAAUGUAACAGUGAUUGAGGGGGUAACAGCAGUAAAUGGAAGAAAAAUACACAGGAAGCUCUGUAUAGUUGUGACUGGCAGCCUCCAUGCCUCCCACUGGCUUAUACAGUAUCAUAGUCACGUUUGUUCUCAGUUCCCUGAAUGGCUAAACCUAGCUGCCCACAGUUUCUAAGCUGAAGGGAAUACCCCUACUUAAUAUACUGUACAACCCGAAGUGUCACGGACGUUUCAUUGCGCAAGGUAUGACGAAGAGCAAGUACAGUGUAAUGCCUCAGCACUUUAUGAAUUAGAUUUAUAACAAUGUACCAAUGUGGUACAGUAUGUGACUUGGAGCCACUUUCCUGUGUGAAUGUAUUGCUUUUGUUGACUGGUAUAUUGUCAAGGACAUUCCAAUUGGAUCAUUCAUCCCACCCUCCCCUGUAACCAUUCCCCAAGUCAUUGCUGUAAAUGAGAGAAUGUGUUAUCAGUCAACCUACCUAGUAAAAUAAACCUUGACAAGGACAUUGAAAUGUGUGCAGGAUACAGUAUGGCGUUGUAAUAAUGGCAGAUUAAUCUACCCAACUUGACAUUUCCAGGAAGAGAUUCAGAAAAGGCUCUGGACAUUCCAAAUAAUGUAGGAGGAAAUGCUAAGGUCAGAGAAUUCUCUCAGGUGGGGGUUUCCCCUUUACACAAGUGUAUAAGGUAAUUGGAAAAGUCUGUUAACUAAUACAAAUGUUAAUUGCACUUGACACACAAUUUACAGGGUAGGCAAUAGGCAUUGAAUGUGAUCAAAGGGCUUCCUUCAACCUAGUCGGAUAAGACCAGAGUUCUUUCACCACUGUAGUUUUGCAAUCGUAAGCAUUAUCUAUCUGUGUUCCUUCAGCUUGCUGGACAUGCUUGUUAACUCAAGCCCACUGGUUGUUAGAAAUAAAUACUCCCUCUGGGCUUUCUGCUACGCAGAGCUGGGAAAGCCCAGAGGAUUAUGAUUAAAUGUGUUAUAUUAAUCCUAUAGUACUAUCACUGCUGGGAAAUGACACAAGGACGAGCAUCGGUCAUGUGUAAAUAAAGCUCACAGAAUCAUGAACGCUGUAUGACUAAUGAGUCACACAGGGCAGAGGGGAAACAGUCUGUCAAACACGCUGUAUGACUAAUAGGAGUCACACAGGGAAGAGGAGAAACAGUCUGUCAAACACGCUGGAAGAGCACCUCAGGCAGAGGAUCCUACAGAAACUUCCCUUUCAGAUCUGUACUAAUGUAACCUUUACUUUUCAUGCAGCCUGGUCUCUGACCAGACGUAACAUAGUAAAUCCAGGACACUCAAAUGAUAUAGUAUGAUAUGUUACGGUUGGUAUGGUUACUUAAGGCAAAAGUAGGGUUGUUGGUCGGUGUGGCUGGAUGGCCGUUUAACGCGAACAUCUCGCACAAGUUCGAAUCUCAUGGUGGAUAACUUUAACAACUUUUUACUACCUUUUAGUUACUUGUUAGCUAAUGCUCCCCCUAACCUUAAACCUAACAACCCCUAGCCCAGCUAAUGUUAGCCAGCUGGCUAGAAUUCGUAACAUAUCAUACGUUUUGCAAAUUUGUGACAUAUGAAUUACAAUUAAUAUUCUAACAUAUCAUACGAAAUGGGUGAUAGACAGCCACAUUAAUACAUACCAUACAAAUCAUCAUACUAAAUUGAGUGUCUCGGCUUUAUGUACAGAAUAAUACGAAAUGCUCAGAGACCAGGUUGCCCUUUCAGAUCUGUACUAAUGUAACCUUUACUUUUCAUGAGUCUGCUUCUCUGUAGAGUAGUGCAUCACAGUUCACACCCACACUUAGUUACUGUAUUUUUCUAGUUUGACAGGCGUAGCCCACAGAUGGAACAUUUCACAAUUAGGGCCUACAUGGUGGAAAAUGUGAACCCACACUCAUGGAAUGGGCCUACAGUAGUAGUAGUGUAAAUUAGUCAUCACCACCACAAAUUACUGUCACAGUAAUCCGAGGGCAGGGCUUUUAGAAAGCCAGUUACACUAAAGACGAUAGUCACAUUGAUGGAUUUUUAGAGUGCCGUCCAUGAGAAUAUCCUUACGUACUUGGACUGGCCGGCUCCUGGAAUUUUAUUAUGUAUUGUAUGUCUUUUCACUUAGGCUCAGAGAUUUUGUUGAUUAAAUAAGCAAUAUUGUUUCAUAUUUUCAUAUUUGUUUAUAUAAUUAAAGAACUAGCAAAUACCA